CUGCGCCGAGACUGUCUCUUCUUUACGCAGGCUGGUGACGCACGGGAUCUGGAUGCUCCAUCAAACAUGGAUCCCUUUGAGCCACUGCCUUCACCGAAAUUUCUCGAUUUUGACCUCCCCGAUAGUCUGAAGAGUAGCAUCGAAGCCGCUUAUGAUUUUGCCAAAAAGGUGCGUCCCUAG